GUUCCCUCCGGUGCCAUGAGCGGGCUGGGGCCGCAGCGGGAACUGGAGGAGGCCGCCGCCCUGGAGCGCCGGCGGCGGAGGGAGCUGCUGCGGCGGACCCGCAUCUUCAACCCGCGGAUCCGCACCAUAGGGAUUGAUAAAGAUGCAUUGGAUGCACAGGUCAAGGAGAGGAAAAUUCAAGAAGCAGCUGAAAAAGCAGAACAUGAGAGAUUCGCUCAUGACAUGAAGAAAAAUGACAAGCUCAUGUGUCUGCUAGAAGAACGCCAGAAAAAUGAAAUCAAAGACAUGAACAGGGCUCUAACUGAAUUUCAUAAGAAUUUUCAGAAGCCAGAAACAAGACGUGAAUUUGACCUGAAUGAUCCACAAGCCCUAAAGAAAGACAGACCUGCUCGAGUUUCAGAUGAUGAUCCUCGGUGUACUAUAUCUGGCAUGCAGAAAUUUAUGGGUGAAGACUUAAACUAUGAUCAGAGGAUGAAGUUUCAAAAGGAGCAAUUGAGGGAGUGGUCUCUUCAGCAACAGAAGGACUCAAAAAAUGCGUUAGCCGACCAAAAAUUGGCAGAUGAUCUUUAUGACAAGUUUAGGAUUGAACUUGACCGAAAGAUUAUGGAAGAACAAAGAAAAGAAGAGGAAAGCAGGCGUGCUGUUUGUACAGCUACUAAAAAUUUCAACAGAAUCCAGGCUGCUGAACUAGAUCAUAAAAAUGAAUUGGAAAAGGCUCAAAAAAUAAAAGAUGACAUGGAUGAAAUUACCUGCCUCCUUCGAGGAGACUUCCUUUCUGAAAACCCUGACCAAGCAAUCAGUCCCUGGGGUAAACAUAAUGUGCUGGUGAAUCGAUGGAAGGGAAUGAAUCAGGAGCAGCGGAUGGCAAUUCGUGAAUUUCAAAAGGAACAAGCCCUGGAGAAACAGAGAGUAAGAGAGCAGGAACGCCGCAGAGAUGCUGAAUGGGACAGGCAACGUCUGCAGGCUGCGCGAGUCCAGUUGCUUUGGGAGCGGCACCAGCAGCGGCAGAAUCAGGAACAGCGCCGAGAUUUGGAUGCCAUGAAUACAGGGCUCUCUCAGGAGCAAAAAGCAAAGAACAUUUACCUUAAAGAGGAAGAGUAUUCAAAUAUUCCAACAGAGGAGUUUUACGCACAGUUUAAUACAACCACCCGGUGA